AUGGAAAAGAGGGUCGCUUUGGAGCUAAGGGGAAGGAAUCCUUCACAGGUGAAAGAGUUGAACCUGGAUAAUUGUAGAAGCACUAACAUUAUCGGGCUCACAGAUGAAUACAUCAACUUGGAAAUUCUAAGCCUUAACAAUGUAGGUCUUACAACACUGAAAGGUUUUCCUGCACUGCCCAAACUCAGGAAACUUGAACUAUCUGACAACAGAAUAUCCAAUGGCCUCCAAUUCCUCAAUGGCUGCAAGAAACUGACACAUCUGAACCUCUCAGGGAAUAAAAUCAGAGAUCUUGAUACACUAAAACCCCUUGAGGAAUUUGAGAACUUGAAAAAUCUUGAUCUCUUUAAUAAUGAAGUCACCAGUAUUGAUGACUAUAGGAGUAAGGUGUUUGCUCUACAUCCAUCAUUGAAAUAUUUAGAUGGAUUUGACAAAGAAGAUGGAGAAGCAGAAGACAGUGACGCUGAAGAGGAAGAUGAAAUGAAUGGAAAUAAUGAUAGUGAUGAAGAUAGUUCUGAUGUCGAAGAAGAAGAGGAUGACGAAGAUGUUUCACUAAGUGCAGUUUAUAAUGAAAAUCUUGAGGAAGAAAGCUCAGCGAGCUCAAUGUUCGAUGGCAGCGAUGUAUCAGAGGAAGAGGAUAUAGACGAGGAGGACGGUGAAGGCGAUAAUGACGCUGAUGGAGACCACACUAACAGUAAGGUUCAAGGUAAAAUCAUGGUACGUACUUAUAAGAAAAAAACCAAAGGAGGGGAGUGGUCGAUAGAUUCUAAGAAAAUAGCUUUAGAUAAAGUUUUGAGCAAAGAGAUGGGAUACAAAAAAGCUGCUUCUGCAUACGCAGUACCUCAGACUACUUUAGAGCGAUGUGUUAAGAAAAUGAAGGAAGGGGGUGAAGUUACUAUUGGUAAACCAAUAGGGUAAACCCUUAGACCCGAAAAAAUCUAUAUUUACAUCUAAGGAAGAAGGUGAAAGAACGCUCUGAAAUAUAUGGAAGAACGUCUUUUUGGACUAACAACUACCGAACUGAGACGUCUAGCAUAUCAUAUCACAACGCUUGUGCUGGCGUGGACGAUGAAGAUCUGGAAGAAAUACACAUUUGCUUGUUUUGUGAGAACGAAUAGCCUUCCCCAUCAUGCCCCAUAGUAAGGGGCAAGAUGGUUUUUCAUAAUGUUCCUAUUAAUUAUAAAAAUAUGUGAUACGUUGAUUCUCCAAAGACUGUACCAAAUCAUAGUUAGAUUAAUGACUUAACGUGCCAUAAAUUAAUGAGAGUAAUAAACAGUGAUUGUGCUGUAAUUUUGUUAUUUCUCUUCUUCGUCUUCUCGUCACCCAUCCCUCAAUGUCUCAAGUCGAAAGUCUUCGACCAGUGCGUCCUCCCAGUUAUGACAUACGGCGCCGAGACGUGAACACUCACGGCGGGAUUGGUCCACCAGUUUAAAGUCGCUCAGAGAGCUAUGGAAAGGGCUAUGCUCAGAGUAUCUCUGAAGGACCGCAUCAGAAAUGAUGUAAUCCGACAGAGAACUGGAGUCACCGACAUACCGAAUUAGCAAACUGAAGUGGCAGUGGGCUGGUCACAUUAGCCGCAGAACGUAGUGUGGGACGCCCUGAGACAAGAUGGGAUGAUGACAUUCAUAGGCUGGCUGGAGUGGGCUGGAUGAGAGUGGCAGAAAAUCGGGAGCAGUGGCGUGCAUUAGGGGAGACCUAUGUCCAGCAGUGGACGAGCAUGGAUCUAUGAUGAUGAUGAUUUUGUUAUUUCCCUUAGCUACCCCAUCAUGCCCCCCAUUCCCCUAAUCAUUAACUGAUUUAAUAGAAAAUAUUUGUGAUAUUCAAAUGCGUGGUCGGUUAUAUAGCCGUCUCUUUUCCUCGCGGUUCGUACCUGCUAUUUUGCUAAUAGCGCAUUCAGAAUUGCGCGUAAAAACAAAUAAAUAUGGUCUUUAUUCUUCCGCAUAUAUCAAUAAGUCGUUAAGUUUUACGAGCUUGCAUUUGGAACUAUCCUAACUCUUUGACGCAUGCGUUUUAAUUAAGACCUUAUACAAUGUGCAUUAAAGGUGAUUUUAAAUGUUUAAAUAAUACAUUAUAUUGUUUUUGACUACGCGGUCAUCUUACUGAGCUCCGUGGAUCGUCCAAUGUACCUUUUGAAAAGGUUUCGGCCACGAUUCUGUUCGUGAUGUUGUAUCUAGGGUAUUUUAUAUCGUUGGAGAAAAUAAAUAAAAUACGAGUGUGCUUAUGACUACACGACUGAAGUGGAACUUAUUAAGCUCCAUCUGUAUAUAUAUAUAUAUAUAUAUGUGUGUAUGUACAACAUAUACAUAUUUCAUUUACUAGCUAUAAGAGAAAGAUAAUGUGCGCGCGCACUGCUUUCUCUUGCUUAUAUCCCCCACUAAACUCCCGUUCGCCUCACCCGAACACACUUUUCGUAACGCAUUCGCCAUCUUACCCCCCCAAGUCAUGCGUGCGUAAAGAAAUUUCACUUCAAAAAUAUUGUUCCAAUACUUUUUGAUAAUCUACCUGAUAGACAAAGAAGAAAAAGUUAGUCAUCAGCCCUAUUGUUGCAAUUAACUUCACGACUGCUAUCAUUAUAUUCCAUUGGGCCAAAGUCUGACGUAGUAAAUCCUGAGAUCUGACGCAAUGGCCCUCCAUAAAGUACGUUAGGUUUUUUUUUUACCCUUCCCCCAUCAUUAUCAUUAUUAGUCACAUUUGUCUCCCCAUCCCAAGUGUGACGUCACAUAUUUUGCUAUUUAGCAUCUAGAAAUUAUUAAAUUAAAAAUGCAGUUCCCAAAAAUUAACAACAAAACAAAUUAAAACCCAUAAUAACAUACAGAUGGAGUUCUAAAUAUUUUUAAGUUUUCUGACAUUAGUUCAAAAGUAUUAGAUUUUGAAAUAUGACAUCAAGAAACUUAUGUAACGUUGUGCGUUAAAUAGUCUGUAAUAAACGAGUUUGCAAUCCACUACAUCCAGGACGGAUCCCCUUUUAGGCCAGUCAUUUCUUCCCUCUUACCUACUACCGAGACGUGACGGCCAAGGAAUGUUAAUUUGGGCAAUUAAAGGAUUUAUUUUCUACAAGUAAAUCUUUUGAUUUCGGAACCCACUAACAUACAUAACGGACCAGUCCCAUCCUUUGUCACACAAUGGCACUCUUUAUCGAACCCCUCCCUCCCCCUUAACGUGUGACAUACUCAUAGAGGUAUAAGAAUAGAGUGCGGAAGGCGGCUCUCAAAGUGUCCGUCUAGUAGAAAGAGAAAGAAGAUGAGAGACCGCUAGCUAUCUCUCUCUUGUGACGCAUGCGCAGUCUGUCCAAUAGUUGGUCCAAGCAUCACAUAGAAAUAGUAAGAUGAUUACGAUUGCCAAUGCGCAUGCGCGAUUAGAGAGUGAAAGCUAUCGGUCUCUCAUCUUCUUUCUAUUAGAGGGACACUUCCACUUGUAGGAGAGUCUAUAUCUCCCCUACUCUAUUCUUAUACAUCUAUGGACGUACUUUAUGAAUAACUCCUAACCCCGUCUCCGUGGAUAAACUACAAUAAAACAGUUCUCAUGAUCAGUAUUAUUUACCUGCAGUGGUCUAUAAGGUGUAGCUUACUUCGACUCAAUUCAAUAGGAAAAUGGAUAUGCCCUACCUAUCUUACUGAAUAAAUAGAUCAAAGCAGAAACGAGUUUAUCAUAAUAUAAUUACCACAGACUUACAUUGAAGUAGACCAUGUACAUGUACUGCAAAAUCAUAGGCCCUGGUCACUUAUUUCAAGUAUAUCGUUUUUAAAGCUUACAAUUACAUAUAGUUAGGUAUUUUUUAAACAUGACGAUUGUCGUCCGGUAUCGAGAACGGUGUAAAUUAGCGUAAAAGGAAGACCAUUGGUUAUCCUUUUGGCACGCGAAGUACAUACAAUUGCGUUAUCAAUUUCGAUCUAAGGUAGUGGCACCAACGAUAUUAAAUACCUUAGAUACACCAACACGACAAAAUCAUGCCCGAAACCUGUCCAAAAGGUAUAUUGGCCGAUCCACGGAGCUCCGUUAGAUGAUCGCGUAGUCGCAACAAUAUAAGGCAUUAUUUAAACAUUGAAAUUCACCUUUAAAGCACACUGUAUAAGGUCUUAAAAGGCAUGCGUCAAAGAGUUAUGACAGUCCGAGAUGUAAGCUCGUAAAAUUUUACGACUUAUUGCUAUAUGCGGAAGAAUAUAGACCUUGUCUUUGACUCUACGCGCAAUUCUGCGCGGUUAGCAGGUUCGGACAGCGAGGAAAAGAGACGGCCAUAUUUCCGACCAUGCAUUUAAAUAUCAUAAAUAUUUUCUAUUAAAUCUGUUUAUAGUAAGUAUUAAAUCAAAAUUUUCUUCAAAUGUGUUAAAUGAGCAAGCAUUGAUUAGAUACCAGUUGAAAAAACUCAUUUUACAUACUGUAAGUAUUUAUUUCGCGUUUUUUCACGGAGCUCAGCGGCAUGUUGACUUUUUAACGGUUCGUAUGUAACCGUGAACCAAAAAGUGCUUGAAUCGUGUUCAAGCACUUCUUGAUAGGGACACAAUUUAAGCGCACGUGGUGUAUCUAGGGUAUUUAAUAUCGUUGAGUGGCACCAAUGACCGACAGGAGCCAAUGAUGAACGUUUUUUUCUGUGAUCACUGAAAGUAGGAUUAGGCGACCGAUCGCUAAAUGUCGUAACACCUGGUGUUGCCAUAUUAAGUGAUCGGUUACCUGCUCUUGUUUUCAUUGAUCACGGAAGGAAAUGUCGAUUAUUGGUGUCACUAGCUUACGUAUGAGAUAUUUACCUUGAUAGUGUGCUAGCUUCU